AUGUAGUUAUUAUUCAUAUGGAUAUUGGCGUUAUUUUUUCAAGUUAAUCCUAUAUAUGAUGUAGUAAGAAUAAAGGAAUUAACAUGCUGGCUUGCCUUAAAAGCACAAAGAUAGUUGUAAAUCAAUUACAUCAAACUUGAAAUGUAUUCCUACUCCUACCCAAGAUCAGAUCAAUAGUGCUUUGACUUGGCUAAUACAGAGAAAUGCUGUUUAGAUAGUCUAAAUCACUUGCUUGUUUCUCAAUUCCAAAUGCAUAUUCCAAAUUCUCUGAGAAUGUUUGUUAAAUUUUCUUCUUCUUUUAUAAAGACUAUUGAUGCUGCUGUUGGUGGUUCACUAAUACCUGAAACAUAAAGUCUAUCUCCAUACAUAUGCGAUUACUAUAACUAAAAUAUUUAUUGGAGCUUAUCUUAUUUAUGA